AUUCAAAGUAUCAUGCGUCACGUUGUAUGUGGAGAACAAACAGCAUCCACAAACCAGCGGAAGACCUUCACCAACAUCCGUCCCUCCCUAUACUUCCGGUUUGAAGAAUACUGUGGGGAAGUGCAGGAACAUCCGCAUGACGAUUUCCAGUAUCUCUCAACACCUUGCUUCGUCACCAUCAUUCUCAAUCUGAAUUGAAAGCAGCAGCCAUAGCCCAGCUUCUACGCACAGUAUCCACGCGCUUGAAGGUAUGAACUUCUACGACGAAGAGUCAUUUCCAAACAGCACCUAUGUAAAUGUGCCUACAACCACAACGUACGACUCGAACACCACCGCCAGUCGGGGCAUCACCACUACUGCAGCACUGUCGACGCUCUUUAACACAGAGUCCUUCACCAACACCACCAUAGUGGUCGACGCUUUCCUCUUCAAGAAUUAUCCUCCGGUUAUCCUGAAAACCGGAUUUGUCUUCCUGCUCGUGUUCGCUGUCUUCGGGGUGUUCGCCAACGCGGUUUCCAUGCUGGCCAUCGUGCGCUGUUCAAAGCUCAAAAACGCCACGACAUCUUUUCUGGUCAACCUGUGCUUCAGCGACCUGCUCUUCUGCGGCACGAGCACGCCUUUCGCCGUAUCUGUCUUCUGGUACGGCGGCUGGAAUUACUCCCAUUCUACCUGCGUAGUGUACGGUGUUUCGCGGUUCUUCAACGUGGGAUCAUCCGUCUUAACCGUAAUGGUCAUCGCCAUCAACCGCCUGGUUAUGAUUGCCCAACCGACAAGGUACAAGCAGACCUUCACCCCCGGAAACAAUCUUCUAAUAAUCACGGGGAUUUGGCUUCUAUCCUUUAGCCUCGUGAUAUGGCCGACUGCUAGAGUAUGGGGUCGGUUUGCCUGGGACCCAUACACCGGGACAUGUAGUGUGGUGCCACAUAACGGCAAAAGCAGCAAACAGUUCACGUUGACGUUUGUGUACAUCGUUCCAACGAUCGUUUUCCUCUCAUGCUACGGCAGAAUCUUUUGCAUUGUACGCAGCUCGAACAAGAACCUGAGGCAGCACAACAGCGGCAGACGCAGGUCAACGGCGUAUGUUGCCAGCAUGGUGACGCUACCUGCCGAGAAAAAUAAGAAGCAGGUCAAGAAAAGAGAGAAAAACGUUAGACUCCUGCGAAUGGUUCUCGUUAUAUUUGUGACAUUCACACUGUGUUAUCUGCCAUUGCUCCUCUUGAAGGCGUUUAGGAUCUUGAACCACUGUCCCGCGGUUCAGGUGACCGCGUAUAUGACAUUUUAUCUUUCGGGAUGCCUCAACCCGGUUAUUUAUAUUUGUAUGAGUAGGGAAUAUAGGAAAGCUUACUCCGAUUUGUUCAGCAGGGACAAAGCGUCCCCUGAUGUGACGGCAAGUCGGGAUUUAGAGUGAUACCAAACGGAAGUGCACGCAACUUGUAUCCUUACCAAGUGUACGUCUCAUAGCGCUCUCGCAAGAUCUACAAUCCAAAGUGAUCCAACAGGAUGCUCUGGCGAAUGUCGUCAUUUCUGCAGGAUUCACUUAUGUCAGGAAGUGACUUCCAUAUGCUUCAAAGCUGUAGUGCAAGGACUGGGGAGUUGAUCAUCGGGGCACAGGUAGAUGUGUGGAGCACGACGUGUGAGCAUUCGGGGGUAGGAUGCUCGACUGAGCGCCUGGAAUAAACGGGCUACCGUGGACUCUACGAGGCCCAUUCUUGUUGCACUACAUGGUGGCAGCGGUUCGCCUGGUCUGCAGCGACGCGUCACCGCAACGGAGCGUCGGCCGUUCCAUUCUUCAGUCCCUCCGCAGUGGAGCUUCCGGAAAGCCGGAUUUUAGGAAUCCGAACGAUUGGGAAAAGGUGUUUCACAAGGUGGCAAUUGCUGGCCUCAAUCUCCGAGACAAAGUGACCCAGAUCAACACUUCUCUACGCUAUGGAUCGUGGAGGCGGAGGAUGUACUGAUUUCACAGCUGUCGGACGUUUAGAAAGGAAGCUACAAGAUCAUCACUUUAUUCCAGGUGUCGAUGUCAUUUUCGGACGAGCCCAGGUCGACCAAAUACGGCAGAGGCCAGGGAGGUACCGAGCGAGUCCGUGGAAGCUUUCAUCGCAGACCUGCACAGACUGGUUGACACCAAUUCCUACGGCAAGAAUCAGCUUUGAAACUUGUCUGGAAAUAUAUUCGAGUCCACAAGGAACGCAGUGCCCAGGAAAAGGCAUGGCAGGCAGCCGACUACAACCAUCGUCGGAAUGCACGGGACAGAUCGCCUAUCAACCCUUACAACAAUGUGUUUAUACGUGUAACGACUACACAGUGCGAGAUGGUGCAGGGUCAGGCAAUAAAAUCCGGGUCUUACGUGAUGCAAACAACGUGGGACGGUGAGACUUUGCACAUAUUAAACAUGUGGGACGGUAGAAUACCAGUGGACCCUUCAGCCGACCGGACAAGCUGAAAGCAUGGGGAAAAUAACUGGUGUGGAAACAAACAAUCAGGGGAGGUGUGGCAACCCGCAGUGGAAGAGUGUCAAGACAACCGGCUCGUCUCGGCAUCGAAUAAUAAAGAGAGGAAGGUGUAGUUAAGGAAUGAGGGCAUCAGUAUCGGGGCACGCGGAUAGUUGUGUCGAACACGGAGAGCGAGCAUGCGGAUUUAGAAUGCUUAGCUGAACACUUAGAAUAAACGGUUUGGUGUGUA